AUGGAGGAUGCAAUUGUGAAAGAUAAUGGAAUUCUUAUGAUGAUUCAAAUUUAUGUUGAUGACAUAUUGGUGACUGAAUUUCCAACUCAGAGGAAGGAUGAGCUGGUUGCUCUUAUUAAUUAUGAAGUGAAUAGAAAGCUUGUUCAAACAAGUGACUUUGAGACAAAUGAUGAAGAAAAUGUCAUGGACAUUGUGCACACUAUAAGAAUAAAGUUUUAUGGCAUGUGUUCUUGUUAUGUAGUACUUGUGCCCAUUUGGGCUGGUUUUUUCUCUUACCUUGUGUAA